AUGACGCCUAUGAAAGUAGGCUCCACGAGCGACACCCCUCAACGUAUCGUUGUCAAGUCGGUCAACGGACAUGAACCCAUCAAAGUGGAGCCAGCCUCCUCUUCCAGCGCGUCCGCACCCCAGUCCACUCCAUCGCAGCUCACCACACCUCACUCAUCUCCCUCCAAGUCCGUCGCCAACGCCGGCUCACCCAGAUCACCAGGAAGACCUCGACGAGUGGAGCCCGUCGUCGUCUCUUCUCGCGACUUUGGACCCAGCGCUGGAGGCGACACCGAUGACGAGGAAAAGGACGGCGACUCUGAGCCCGCCAAAGCCAUGGCUAUGAAGAGGCUUAGCCGCAAAAGCAAAGCGGAUGCCAUGUCCGCCAUCUCGGGCAAGGAGUCAUCGCCGGUCGAUCCGCACUCCGCAUCCACCGCCAACGGCGUCAACGGUGUUACGAUCCCGGUUCCGGGCAACCCUGCGGCCCACCCUGCACGCAAGAUGCUACAGCACCUCUCGUUCCCACCGCUAGCAUUCGACACAUCGGCCGCAGCGUCGUCCUCUUCAUCACAUCUGAAUCCCGUGGCCGCCGCAGCGCAGCCCGUCAUUCCUUCCAGCACAAGCACACCACGCAAUCCGCCGCCGCGACUUCGACCCAGACUCUUCGAGCUCGAAGAGGCGCCCACCUUCUACCCAUCCCUCGACGAGUUUGCUGAUCCCAUGAAGUAUAUCUCUUGGAUCGCCGACCCGCAAGGUGGCAAUGGUAAGGCGUACGGGAUCGUCAAGAUUGUGCCGCCCGAGGGAUGGAACCCAGAGUGCGUGCUCGACGAGCAGUCGUUCCGCUUCCGCACCCGUGUCCAGCGCCUCAAUUCGCUCAGUGCGGAUGCUCGAGCGUCCCAGAACUACCAGGAGCAGCUGCAAAAGUUCCACGCACAGCAGGGCCGCAAGCGCGUCUCGGUUCCCGUCAUCGAUGGCCGCUCCGUCGACUUGUACCAACUCAAACUCGUCAUCGCGGGUCUGGGCGGCUACGAUGCUGUCUGUCGAAGUCGAAAGUGGUCGGAUGCCACUCGCAAGAUUGGCUACAGCGAGAAGGACAGCGGUCAGCUCUCGACCCAGGUCAAAGCCGCUUACACGCGCAUCAUCUUGCCCUUUGAAGAGUUUCUGGCCAAAGCAAAGGAGCAGUCGCGCGCCAAUGGGUCCUCCGUCAGCCCGAAUCUCGUUCAGAGCGCCACCAUGGGCGGUCCCCUCGAAGGCCAAGAAAAUGGCAUCCACCACGCCUCGAUGUCACCCAGUCUCGAUGCUACCUCGAACGGACAAAGAAGUGGACUGUCCAAGACACCAGAGCCUUUCACCGCCGCUGGCGCUGCCGAGGCACUAGCCAAUGCAACGCCCGUCGUCGAUCCAACCACACAGAGCCCAUCCACCGUUGCGAGCACACGUCGCAGUGCCCGCAAGAGAUCGGAAGCGACGACCACGCCUGCCUCUUCUUCUCGCAUGCCGGUGCAGCUCGCUGCCGGUCCGGCAACGCCACUCGCCGGCAGGCGCGGAAGGAAAGGCGUCAGUCCUUACGUCGAGGCGGAUGCGCACGAUCGCUCCCAUGCGGCUCAGAAUGGGCAGGAAGAGCAGAUGUGCGAAAUCUGCCUUCGCGGCGAGGAUGGUCUCAACAUGCUGCUUUGCGACGACUGCAACCGCGGCUAUCACAUGUACUGCCUUCAACCCGCGCUCACCUCCAUCCCCAAAUCGCAGUGGUUUUGCCCACCCUGUCUGGUGGGCACCGGCCACGACUUUGGCUUCGAUGACGGCGAGACACACAGUCUCUACACUUUCUGGCAACGCGCCGAGGCCUUCAAGCGCGAGUGGUGGUCGAAGCGCCCAGAACGUCUCUGGAAGCCGGAGUCGGACGGCUCGACCGCAUCUGGCAGUGAUGCAGCGACGAACGGUCUGGCACGCCGUGUGCACGGCACGGAUCUCGUCGUGUCGGAAGACGACGUGGAGCGCGAGUUCUGGAGGCUAGUGCACUGCCAAACCGAAGAGGUCGAGGUCGAAUAUGGAGCCGACGUGCAUUCGACGACGCACGGCAGCGCUCUACCGACGCAGGAGACGCAUCCACUCAGCCCCUACUCGCGCGACAAGUGGAACCUCAACAAUCUUCCCAUUGUGCCCGGCUCGCUGCUGCAGUUCAUCAAGUCCGACAUCUCUGGCAUGACCGUCCCUUGGAUCUACGUCGGCAUGAUCUUCUCCACCUUCUGUUGGCACAACGAGGACCACUACACGUACUCGAUCAAUUAUCAGCACUGGGGAGAGACCAAGACGUGGUACGGCAUUCCGGCAGAUGACGCCGAGAAGUUCGAGAACGCCAUGCGCAAGGCAGCACCCGACCUGUUCGAGACGCUUUCCGAUCUGCUCUUCCACCUCACCACCAUGAUGAGCCCCGAGAAGCUCAAGAAGGAAGGCGUCCGUGUCGUCGCCUGCGACCAACGAGCCAACGAGUUCGUCGUCACCUUCCCCAAAGCGUAUCACAGCGGCUUCAAUCAUGGCCUCAACCUCAACGAAGCCGUUAACUUUGCGCUGCCCGACUGGAUCUUUGACGACCUCGAGUCCGUACGCAGAUAUCAGCACUUCCGCAAGCCAGCCGUCUUCUCCCACGAUCAGCUGCUCAUCACGGUCUCACAGCAGAGUCAGACCAUCGAGACGGCCGUGUGGCUCGAGGCUGCCAUGCAAGAGAUGGUCGACCGCGAGUUGGCCCAACGGAACGCCCUUCGCCAGAUCAUUCCGGAUCUUCAGGAAGAAAUCUAUGAGGAGGACGUGCUCGAGAGCCAAUACAUCUGCGCUCACUGCACCCUCUUUUGCUAUCUCGGUCAGCUGACCAGUCCGAAGGCGGACGGCGUUGCUUGUCUGGAUCACGGCUUUGAAGUAUGCAAUGCGGAUGCACCCACCAAAUGGACGCUCAAGCUGCGCUUCUCGGACGAUCAGCUUCGUUCCAUCCUCGCCAAGGUCUGCGAGAAGGCGGCCAUCCCUCGAAACUGGACCCAGCGCCUCAUGAAGACGCUAGCACUCGGUCCCAAUCCUCCCCUCAAGGCGCUUCGUUCGCUGCUGCACGAGGGCGACAAGAUCGCUUUCUCCUUGCAACCGCUCGAAGACCUCAAGACUUUUGUCGCCUGUGCCAACUCGUGGGUCGACCGAGCCAAUGUCUUCUUGGUCCGCAAGGUGCACAAGAGGCGCGGUGAGCCCGCGGCUGCCCCUGCUGGAAGAGGAAGACGAUCCAAAGGCGGCCUUGGCGGCGGUGACGACAGCUUCGCGAGACGGCAGAGCAUGGACGCAACCGCAGAAGACGCUGAUGUCGCUGCGGAUCGAAGUCCCGAGGCUUUGUACUCGCUUCUCGCAGAGCUCGACGGACUCCACUUUGACGCGACGGAGAUUGGCUCCCUUCGGACGCUCGUGCAGGAGCUCGAGGAGUUCAUUGGACGAAGUGACGAGAUCAUGCGACUGCGAGACACGAGCAACGAGGCCAGCCUCAAGGACUGCGAGAGCGUCCUCACGCUCGGCAGCUCUCUCAAUGUCGACGCGCCGCAGAUCAAGGAGCUGUCGGACUACGUCGAGCGCCGCAAGUGGGUGCAGGAGGUCACUGAGGCGCGCGAGACCUACCUCUACUACCACGAAGUGCAGGAGUUGCUCGAACGCGCUGACAGCUGCGGUCUGGGCGAUCACGAGCUGCGCAGGGACCUCGAGCAGAGACGCGAUGCUGGUCAACGCUGGACCGAAAGAGCACGAGAAUGGCUCGAGGGUGUUGUGCCUAUCACGAUCGGCGUACUGGAAGAGCUUUCCGAAUCGUCCGCCGAGAUCCCUGUCGUGCUGGAAGUGGCGCAGAAUGUCACGAAUGCGCUCGCCAAGGCCAAGGACCUCCAAAAGAGCGUCCAGACGCUGCACAAGGGCCUCCAAGCGGGUGGCUCAGGCGGCACCGGAAUCGACGCCGACGGUGAUCUGUCGAUGAUCUCGGUCUCGGAGAACAGCGAAGUGGCUGAGCGAAUGGCUCUCCUUCCUGACGCUCGCCGCGUCCUUCGCGCCGUCAGGUCGCACAACCUGGACCUCGACCACAUCCAAGAGAUCGAGGAAGCUGUACAGGUCUACGAUGCCUGGCGAGCCUCCUUCAACCACAUCAUGCAGGGCAUUGCCCCCGGAUCUCGACGCCUCACCGACACGGAUCGCGAAGAGGAACUUCAGAAGCUGGUGGAGCGAGUCGAGCAUGCCACCGACCCUUCCGACGACCAGCUGAGGACUUCUGCACGCAACUGCAUCUGCAGGAGCUCAGCGCCCAUCGCCGUGCCUUCCUCUUCGGGGGCCGAGUGCACCCGCUGCCAGGUCCGAUACCAUCUCUCGUGCAUCAAAGUGCGGCCCUCGGAGGUCACCCGCGCCGAGAACGGCUGGGCUUGUCCGUUCUGUCCCUGGGACGGCCGCGCUGCCUUCCUCAAGAAUCGCAAGGCCGUCACCGUAUUCGAUCUUUCCAAGCUCGUCUACGACCAACCUCAUCGACGAGACCAGUUCAAGUUCCUGCCGGUGGAGUGGGACGCGAUCGAGGAAGUGGUGGCCAAAGCGAAGCGCUUCGAGACAGCAGCCAAACGCAUGAUCAAGACGCUCUCCAUGAUGCGCCAGGAGCAAAAGCCCAACGUGCUCGCACAUUGGUUGCGUCGCGCCAUCUGCUGCCCCGUCGACGUGCUCGGUCCGGAAAGGGUCAACAUGCUUGAGAUCAUCAGCGAGAAUCUGCUCGCCUUGGCCCCGGAGAUGGCGCAUGUCAGAGCUGCGGCGCCCGUCGAGCGCGCGAACGUACCAUUUCCUUCGCGAGCCGACGACCAGAACGACCUCACAGCGCAGCAGCCGAGCUCGUCUCGCUUCACAGCUCCUGGUGACCGCGAUUCUGGCUCACCAGCUGUGCGCGAGGACCGCAAGCGCAAAGCCAAGAGAGGCAAGCGUGCCAAGCUCGUCUUCCGAGAAGAGAUCGGCAUUGGAGCCUACCGCGAUCGCCAGCCGAUCUACUGUCUCUGCCAUGAGCCGGAGAGCGGUCGUAUGAUUGCCUGCGACAAGUGCAUGCUGUGGUUCCACACGCAUUGCGUGCGUCUGGACGACCCGCCCAACCUCGGCAACGAGCCAUGGAACUGUCCCAUGUGCUGCAUCAAGGCGGAACGUAAGUAUCCUCAGGCCGAAGUCAGGGUCAAAGACAUUGGCGUCACCGACCCGGAGCUCUGGCUUGACAUUCGCGCCACGCUGCGUUCGCUCGAGAAGCCCGUCAGCAAGGUCCAGACGUGGAGCAGUCCGGAAAACAAGCGGAUCGUGCUGCAUCUCGAAAAGUUCACGCCGGCCAUUCAUGCCGAGGAGGUGCAUUCGCAGAUCAGUAAGCGCGCCAAGCUCGACGCUGACACGCCGAGCAAGGCGCGCCCUUCGCUGGGUCGGGCCGACUCGAAUCCUACGCCUGCGAAGGAGAGCGGUGCUCUUCCAUUCGCACCGCCUCCUGUGCCAAGCGAGGCUGCUCGUGGGAUCGUGCCUGCGCCGGCGCCAGCUGGUCCGAGCCAGCCGCCUCCCGCACCUGCUGCUGCCACGGCCGAGACGCCUGCACCAAAGUCCGCGAGGAACGACGAGUCGUUCGCUCCCUACUCGACGCCAAAGUGGGAAGGACAGUCAAGGCACGAUUGGGCCGAUGCGGUGGAAAGACGAAAUGCCGAUGGCAUGGACCAUCUCUACCGUCGCGGCGUCACCGAUGCCAUGCUCCUCCGUUUCUACAUUGGCUGGAACGGCCGCAGCCUCGUUCAUGCUCUGCGAGAUGCGGCGGGCAACAUCGUCGAGGUGCCUCUUGGCGAUGCGAUCCGCUUGCACCCGGACGAUCCCGAGGGCGUGCGCGUGAUUCGCGCUGCCGUGGAUCGACACUUGGGAGGAGGCCCUGCUCGCUCUGCGCCUUAUCACGGCUAUGGUGGCGAGAUGGACGGAGACUACCCGAUUGCGCCCUACAGGGGUGUGGAUGGUCACUAUGGAUCGCAGCGACGCGAGCCUCCGAUCGUGCCUUCCAACGGUCGAUUCGACAUGAGGUCGCCUGGUAUGAUCCCAUCGCAGCGACUCGGCAACGGUCGAGAGUACGACCCUGAGCGCGAGCGCGAUCUGCACGAUGCAGCGUCACCCGCUGUCCGAGCCAAUGCGCCGCGCGAGAUCAUGCCGACGUACGCACGAGUCGACGGUCAGUCUGGAACGAGUCCCUAUCCGGGCGCUGCUGAGCUGAGCCGCCAGCCGUCUUCGCUGGAUCGAGUCCCACCCUACCCACCUGCCGGCCGCAGCACCGCACCACACGCCGAUCUAGACGCUCCACGAGGCCCCCCACCCCCCAUCCCCACCUACUCGUCGGCCAAGCUCGAGCCCACUAACGGCUCAAGCGCGUAUCCGGCGCUAGUCCUCGACCCGGCGAUGAUGGAGGAUGACGCAGCAGGUCAGAUCGAUCCCAGCCUCACCGACGCCCCUCCCCCCGUGCCGGCAGCGGCGGCAUCAACAGAGCCCGCACGCAAGAGCAUCACCCCCUCACCCGCCAUGGAGAGUGGAGCGGAGAAAGAAGGAAAGGAGGAAGCACAGAGCGUACGCGAACAGGCCCGACAGAUGGCCCGUAAGAUGCGGCCCGAUGCCAGCGAGGAGGAGAUCGAGAGGCUCGUGGCCAAUUUUGUUGGCGGCGAGGGCUAA